AUGGCCAAAAAAAUCUGUCGCGACUUUGCCAAGCAUGGUUCCUGCCGAUUCAAUCCCUGUCGAUUCGAGCAUGUUGCUCCCCAAAACGCGUCUCAGCCUUUAACCGAUAACCAAGGCCAGAAAGAUCGCAAGCCCGAACAAUCUGGCGAGUUUGGACAAUGGAGGAGGAAAGCAUCUGCCAAUUAUCCUUUGGGGCCAGGACUAGGUCCAUUCUUUAUGGAGGCUAGAAGGCUCAUCGAGGUUGACGAAAGCACCUUACAAAAUGUGAUUCGGCUUCUUUCCAAUGAAAGCGGCCUGAGAAAGAUCCAGGAGCUGAUUGGAGCGGACUUCUCUUCUCUACCAAAUGCCACAAAGAGUACGACUUUCCAGAGGAUUCUUCCAUUCUUGGAACUUAUCACCUAUCCUGAAGUCAUCUCGUCUUUGGUUCUGGAGCAAGCUGUCGUUACGAUAUUCAACUGCAUAUUCGGGCCCAAUGGUCGCCGGGGAAAGCCUUUCUUGGAAUUUCUCUCGGAAACUGUGAGUCUAGAGCUAGACAGGGAUAGAAAUGCGGCAGUCCUGUACCUUGAAAUAUCUCUACAAGUCUUCUCUAAGGUAGUUGAGCUGAACUCAACCGCCUUCGUCCAAGAGCCUUUGAAGCCAGUGGCACAACGAUUUGCGGAAAUUCUCACGACAAUUCAUGCCCUGGAUAGCGGAAGCUCCAUUCAUCAGUCAUACCAAUAUCUGGAGCGUCUCCAGCGACAGCUUGAUAUUGGACUCUCUUUGCCAAAAUUAUCAGGGACGCUGAAGAAACUCGAAUCAAGCCAAAAGACAGUGGCGUUUGUCACCCAACGAGACCCACCCGGUGGCCGCCAUGACAACGACCAUGCAGAUAUCUGCAAAAUCAACAUCAUGCCAACAUUUGAUGAGAUAUCCAGCUCUCGUUCAGAAUAUUUGCCCCCCAAGGAUCCUCGUCAAUGGCAUCUGAAUGGAAUUGCCGGGCUGCUGGAUAGGAACUUCCGACUUCUUAGGGAAGACACCAUUGGCCAGCUUCGAGAUGUUAUACAUACGGAGCUUCAGCCGGGUGCACACCCUAACGGCCGGAAAGCCCAAACGAGAACGCAUGUAUACCAGAAUGUCACUGUACAAAGCGUGGAUCUGCAUCGGUACUCGGGGAUGCAAUUCCUCGUUGAAUUUAUGCAGCCACUGAACACGCGAGGAAUGAACGACAAGAAGAGGAAGGAAUGGUGGGGACUCUCAAAGCGGCUCCAGGCAAGUGCUCUCGUAUGUCUCUUAGAUCCAAGAGGCUUUGCGAUAUUUUGCAUAGUAUCUACACCCGACCGAUCUAGUGGAGGAUCUAAAGCAUCCACAGUUACCAAGGAGAAGAUGUCUGGAUCUCUCUCCGAGAACGAGAAAAAGGCCUCCAUCAUUCUGGAACUCGUGGAGUGCACAGAAAAUAAUUGGCAGUACAUUCUCGAUCUACAGACCUCAAAGAAGAGCCUCUCAGUCUCGCUUGUGGAGUUUCCUGGCAUCCUUUUGCCUUCUUUCCAACCGACCUUGAUCGCUCUUCAAAAGAUGCAAAAGGCCACGGAUUUUUCGAUGUCAGAAUUCCUUGCUCCCCAGGAUGUCAAUUCACUGUCGCUCUUGGAGGAUGUACCUCCGCCAGUUUACGCGACCGCCUUGGGAUUCAGCUUCGACUUGAAAUGCCUGAUGAAUGAUGGUUCUAGCCUUCAAGUGCAGCAUUCCCAGACAGUUGACAUGGAGAGACUUCAAACACACUCUACCCUCGACAAUGCACAAGCGCAGGCACUGGUCAGCACCCUACAGCGGCGGAUUGGAUUGAUUCAAGGCCCACCAGGUACUGGCAAAAGCUACACUGGAGUGGCUCUGAUCAAAGUUCUGCUGGCAAAUAAGAAGAAAAUCGGCAAAGGGCUAGGGCCCAUCAUAUGCGUGUGCUACACAAAUCAUGCCCUUGAUCAGCUACUGGAAGAUGUUUUGGACCAUGGUAUUACUUCUCAGAUAAUCCGCAUUGGCUCUCAAUCCAAAUCAGACCGUCUGCAGCCACUCAAUCUUCGAACCGUUGUUCGUAAUAUCGAAAAGACACGACCAGAGAAGAGGGACGCGUGGGAAUCGCAGAACAAGUUCGAUUCUUAUGGAGAAUCAUUUCAGAAACUUCACCUGAAUGCAUGCGGCUCAGAAAUAAGCUUGAAGUUUUACCUUCAGAGCAAUUACACCAUUCAUUACUUGCAGCUAUUUGGCACUGAUGAAGAUGGAUUCGAGAUGCAGAACAAAGGCGAUGCCCGUGAUGUAAUACGGUCUUGGUUGAGGGGCGGCAAGUCAAGCAAAGAUCCGCCACGUACCAUUGAGAAGCUCAUGGAUGUCCAUGUCCACACAAUGACAGCCAAAGAACGAGAAGUUCUCUAUGACUAUUGGAUCGAGAAUCAAAAAGCCAACGCACAUUCCCGAGCGCAAGUGCUUCUAUCUGCUCAUCAAGAAACCAAGGCUUUCUAUGAUAAGAUACGCGACGAAUUGGAUCUUCGAUGUCUUCGGGACGCGGAUAUUAUCGGCGUGACAACAACAGGAUUAGCUCGCAAUCUCAACAUGCUGCGGAGAUUGAGAUCGAGAGUUCUCAUUUGUGAAGAAGCGGGAGAGGUUUUAGAAGCUCACUUGCUCACAUCAUUGUUGCCAUCAGUCGAGCACCUCAUACUCAUCGGUGACCAUCAGCAGCUCCGACCUCAGAUCCAGAAUUAUGGACUUUCUCGCGAGAGUAAUGAAGGAAAACAAUACGCAAUGGACCGAUCGCUGUUUGAAAGGCUUGUGGAGCCCGACGAUGAGGUCGGCGUUCAGAUACCAUUCUGCACCCUGGAAACUCAAAGACGAAUGUUUCCAUCAAUUUCCCGCCUCAUUCGCGAAACUUUAUACCCACGGUUGCAAGAUGAGCCUUCGGUUUCCGAGUAUCCAGAGGUAGCUGGAAUGAGAAAACGGCUUUUCUGGCUUGAUCAUCGCCAUCCAGAGGGUGGCGCGUCGAGCCAGGAUCCACUGGCAACAUCGCACUGGAACGAUCAUGAAAUAGAUCUAACAGUGGCCUUGAUAAAUCACCUCAUCAGCCAAGGAGUCUAUCAAAGUGGAGAAAUUGCUAUUCUUACGCCCUAUCUUGGCCAACUCCAUAAAAUGCGUCGAAAGCUUGCCGGGUCAUUUGCUAUCACGUUGGGAGAAAGAGACCAGGAAGACCUGGAAAAUGCCGGAUUCGAAGGCGAUGAAACUCAGACGGAAAAGACAACCACCACUAGAUCUACACUUCUCCAGACCCUCAGAGUAGCAACCGUUGAUAACUUUCAAGGUGAGGAGGCAAAGGUUGUGGUAAUAUCUCUGGUGAGAAGCAACAGCCAGAACCGCUGUGGUUUCCUUCGUACACCGAACCGAAUCAACGUCCUUUUGUCUCGCGCAAAACACGGGAUGUACAUCAUUGGAAAUUCAGAGACUUCUAGAGGUGUUGAGAUGUGGGGAAAAGUCCUUGAAAUUUUGGAAAACGACGGCAAUAUCGGACCUCAUCUGGAACUGAGCUGCCCUCGUCAUCCAGAAACUCGAAUUGCAGUGAUAGAGCCGGAAGACUUUGUUCAGUUCUCACCGGAAGGAGGCUGCAGUCUUCAAUGUGGAAAGCGUCUCCAAUGCCGUCUAUUGCUCGGAGCCUUGUCCUCGACCAAGAAAGGGCUGUACACAUCCGUGCCCGAAGCUCUGUGGGGACGUCUGCCCGAAUAA